AUGCAAAAUUGGUUUUCCGCCGUCGACGGUGACAGUGGCGGAUAUAAUUCACUUCCAAAGACGUUGUCGUCUUCAUUUUCGUCGCUGCUAGCAGCUUGGAAUUCGUAUGCUGCUACAAAAGGCUCCGACGUAGGCUCUAGUAGCCUCGUUGGAAAUGGAUUGAUUACAAUGUAUGGAAAAUGUAAUCGGUUACUGGAAGGACACCAUGUGUUUGAUGAAAUGCCUAGUAGAGAUAUCAUCUUCUGGAAUGCUAUAGUUGCUUCCUACACCCAAAAUCGGAUGUUUGAUGAUGCGUUGGAGAUUUGUAAGACAAUGAUGCAAUGUUCUACCUUAAAACCAAAUGCAUGCCCCAUGGCUAGCCUUUCCCCUGCUGUAACAACUUCUACUUCGUCUACCAACGUAAUGUUUAUGAAAGAAAUGUUCAUGAAUCACGCUAGAGAGAGUUUAAUUUCUUGGAAUCGGAUUUCGAGAUUGAUUGUUGCAAGUGUUGUUGAUUCAUCUUUUGAUCGGAGAAGAAGAAGAAGAAGAACUAAAAGAAACUUUGUGGAUGAACAAUUCAAGAAGCAGUGCUGGAUCAUUCUUGUGGGCCUUUAUCAGCAACGAUAG